CACAGUUUUUGCAGUGGUACUUUUGACGGAGAAAAGUAAAGGCUUUUCCACAUUCAUCACAGUCCUUUGCUGAAUUGAGGUUCUUGAGACCGGGGAUGGUGUAGACACUGCCUGGUCCACGGUUCAUGGUGAGCAAUGAAAGGAAGGCGAUGGAAACUGACGGAGAAUGGGGAAGCGUCAGCAGUUUGAGCCAUUCUUAUAACGUGGCGAAGGUGUGGCUGGGAACUGAUGAAAACCCCGAAUUUCCUGCUGCGAGAAAAAUUGAGAGAGCCCUUUUUUUGUUGUAAAUAAUGAAUGUGGCCGGAAAGAAGUUGGCAUGCGCUUCGUGUAUAAAGGGACACCGAUCAUCUCGCUGCACACAUUACGAUAGACCACUUCUGGAAGUGAAGAGAAAGGGCCGCCCAAUCAGUCAAUGUCCAACGUGUCGGUUACUUCGAAAAACUCGCAAAAUGCACAAUAAAUGUGUGUGCAAACCAGAGAGUUCAUCACCAGAGAGUGCACCAACGAGUCCAGUGGGCUGUCCAUCGCCUAUGGUACCAAACCCAUUUGACGUUUUUUCUUCUUACCCAGAGAUGAAGCCGUUAGAGAACUCACCAGAACAGCUUAAGGCGAUGCGGGCAAUCAUUCCAAGAUCGAACGAUACACAAGAGUCUAUGCUUCAUCAAUUUGCAGCCGUUGUCACUUCCUCACUGGACCUCUCAACAACAGCUCACGGUGAUAUCCCAUUAGACAAGAUUAUUCCUCCAACAGCGAAAUCUCUCUCAUCCUGCUGCUCAUCAAAUAAAAAAGCUGAAAGAGUAGUUCCAGAAGACGACGCAAAGACCUCCUCAUUAUCGUCUUGUUGCUCUCAAUCAAGUCCAGAGAAGAAGAAAACCAAUGAAUUGGAGCCAUGUUGCACGAAUAAUCGACCGUGCGCAAGCAGUCGUCAUGAUCACUCCAAAGAGAAGAAUCGAGUAGUGCUUGUAACCUGUCGUUGUGGUGACGAUUGCGCUUGUCCAGGCUGUGAUGUCCAUCCUUCCAAGGUUAUGAAGAGUCAAAAAGAUCCUUAUGCUGGAUACAGUUCUGCGUCAGUUAUAGGAGAAGCCACUGUGAUCCACCGCAAACCUAGCAUUGAUAGUGACACUAGUCAAGACUGGAAAUCUCCGACGGCCGUGUUUGAUGAGCAUGGAGCCAUGCUUUGCGGUUGCGGGUGUGACCGGCCCUUUGAUAGUUGCCGGGGUUGUGAGCAUGGCUUAUACGAUUGAGCAAUUUUUGCGGUCGGACCACCAAAAAAAAAAAAAGGAACGCACCUGUAUAACUCUCACUGAACAUCAACCAAGGGAAAGCCUAACAUUGAUUUCUCCUACAUGUCUUUCAUCUACAUACUUCACAUACUCUACAACAUAUUUCUCUAAUAAAUGCAACCUCCCUAUUACCAUUGAACCAGUCGCAUCAUUUGACUCGAGACCAAAACGCUCUAGCCCUUGAUGUUUACUUGCAGUACGGUAGCUGAGACUUGAAUGUUCUGGGGCCUUCGCUUCUCCAAUCUGCAAAGGAAAAUCCCAAAUACAAUUUCAUUUCUCGGCAUGGGCAAUAAGAGACGCAGGGGGCAAUGUAGAGAUAAAAUACCCGGCUGGCCUGGGCCGGUGUUCAGCCCCCUGGAUCUAAAUUAAGCGGAGCGGUUGCACGCUACGCUAACAAUAUAAAUUGAUGGGCAUCCUUCCCCAUACCAGCCAU